CUGGGAGGAGUGAAAGAAUGAGACAGAGUUGACAUGUCUGGAUGAGGAAGUUGUGACAGGCGGGCGUGGCCGCUUAACCGUUACCUCGUCGAGACCUCGCUGAACGAGGAAGAAGAAGCCUCGUCGAUGAUGAGGGCGAAGAGGCUGACGCCGUGGCGCACGAUGGACGCUAAGAUCUACCUGUCUUCCCUUGUCUUUUGGCUGUCAGCAUUGUUAAAUGUGUCGAGGGCUACCACACUUGAACCUUUAACUCCGACGACUGCAGGUGAAGGACAGAUGCUCAGCAGUGCCGCCGAUGUUUUCGUGCUCACCGUAAACCGAAGCAUCGUCACCCUCAAUCCCGUGAAUUUGAGCACCACCACACCAGAAGCGAGCACCUCGAUGGGUUUUUCGAUGCAAUUUUCCAGUGAGGGGACAACAGAGAGCGCAACACAGCUGGCAUCCACACCAGCCGAUUUGACAUCUGCCCCAACCACCAUGAAGAAAACCACCAAAGAUGGGACCCAUCAACCUCCUCCUGCCUGGGAUCCGAGUUGGGAUCGAGAUUUCACAUACGAUUACUGGUCCCUGCAAGUGACCGGACUGUCCAUCGCCGCAGUUCUCUUCCUGAUCGGCCUCAUGGUCAUCGGCUGUGGCAAGGUCUGUCGGCUUCCCAAGUGUCGCAAGAGGUCAUCAAAGUCUUACAGAGUGGAGGAAAGACAAUCUGCGGGAUUGUCAUAAAAGUCGAUAACCAACGACGUACAUAUUUAAUCGACAUGAAAAGAAAUGAGUUCACGCAGCAGAAUGGGGUGCUGAAAUUGUUCCCUUUUUUAAUUACCCCCAAUAAAAAAAAUAUACUGCCAUUUAGCCAUCUUCUGUUGACAAUUUUGUACAAAACAUUUACAUUCUAACAA